ACUCACUUCAUCUCUUUAUCUCCCCCUUGCAACUUUAGAUCAAUACCAACAACUUUCUUCUAUCAUACACUUUCAUCACUAUUUGCUUUUAGCAUUUUGGCUUCAGUCAUGUCUGUUCUUGUUCUUCCUAUGGUGAUGUUCUUGGCCAUGGUUGGCUAUUCAAGUGCUGCUUAUUGUGUAUGCAACACUGGAGCAAGUGACACUGCUCUUCAAUCAAACAUAGAUUUUGCUUGUGGAGCUGGAGCUGAUUGCAAACAAAUCAGUCAAAGUGGCCCUUGUUACAACCCUAACACUUUAAGAGACCAUUGCAAUUUUGCUGUCAAUAGUUAUUUCCAGAAAAAAGGCCAAACUCCACUCAGCUGUUCAUUCUCAGGCACAGCCACUGUCACAUCCUCACCCCCAUCUGGUGUCAAUUCUGCUUGUUUCUCUGGAAGCUCAAGCUCUACAACUCCAACAAAUCCAACCAUAGCGCCACCCGGCACCGGAACAGGAACCGGGACAGGCACUGGGACCGGAACAGGUACCGGGACCGGCACUGGGACUGGCACCAGCACAGGCACAGGCACAGGCACUAGCACCGGUACAGGUACUGGUACUGGGAUCAAUGUGAACCCAACAGGUGGACUUGCGCCUUCUGGUGCAACCGGGCUCAAUGAUAAUAGCUCGGGUGGUGUGACCAUCCGCCAAACCACAAGCGGAUUCGUGCUACUAGCCCUCGGCUUUGUGUGGUCAAGGCUGAUCUACGGUUGAUAUGACAUGAUAUGGUAUGAUAUGGACGGAUGAGAUUUCGCCACGGUUUUGGUUGUGAUCUCAAAAGCAACUAUCGGUUGUAUUUGAUGGAUUCCAUAGGAGUAGAGAGUCGGCCUUUUGUAUAUCUUAAUUCACUUAUUAUUGUAUUUUUAUCAGCAGUUUCUUUGUUUGAAUGGUUGGUACUUGUAGUUCUGCAUGAUGUACAACAAUUAGUGCGUAUGGUACAAACGGUCAUGGUUCUUCGUUGUGGUAUUAUCUAGUAGUAUUGAUAAAUGCACACAUGAUCCUUAUGUUAGGUAAGCUACUAUUUGUAUCUACACUUGCAGUGAAUUUUCAUCCCCAAUUCAUUUUAAUCUUGUAUUUCCUGUC